UCCUCGGUCAGGGGACCUUGCUGUGACUGCGUCUCCACGUGAGUUUGGUCAGGAACUGGAAGAGUUCGAGAAUCCUAAACUUGAUUCUGCGGAAAAAGAUUAUUUUGUUGAUGCCUUCAAAUCUUGCAUGAGCACAGAUUAAAACAGAACAAUGUUCCGGAAGAAAGUGGACAAUCGGAUCCGUGUGCAGAUCGAGAAUGGGGUAGCGCAGCAUCACCGCACGCUGUUCGUUGUGGUGGGAGAUCAUGGAAGAGAUCAGGUGGUCAUUCUGCAUCACAUGUUGUCCAAGGCCACAGUGAAGGCCCGUCCCUCCGUCCUCUGGUGCUAUAAGAAGGAUCUGGGCUUCAGCAGUCACCGCAAGAAGAGGAUGAGGCAGCUGCAGAAAAAGAUCAAAACUGGCACCUUGAACCUGAAGCAAGACGAUCCCUUCGAGCUCUUCGUCGCUGCAACCAACAUCCGCUACUGCUACUACAACGAGACCCACAAGAUCCUGGGAAACACCUAUGGCAUGUGCAUCUUGCAGGACUUUGAGGCCUUAACACCUAAUCUCCUGGCCAGAACUAUUGAGACAGUGGAAGGUGGUGGACUAAUAGUCAUUCUUCUCAGAACAAUGAACUCCCUCAAACAGUUAUACACCAUGACAAUGGAUGUCCAUGCCCGCUACAGAACAGAAGCACACCAGGAUGUCAUUGGCAGGUUUAAUGAAAGGUUCAUACUGUCUCUGACCUCCUGCAAGAACUGUGUUGUGAUUGAUGACCAGCUAAACGUCUUACCUGUUUCGAGCCACAUUGCCAACAUUAAGCCAGUACCUCCCAAGAUUCAGGAGGACAGCCUGUCGCCACAGGAGCAGGAGCUGAAGGAGCUGAAGGAGUCCCUCCAAGAUACGCAGCCUGUGGGAGUGCUGGUGGACAGCUGCAAAACCCUGGACCAGGCCAGGGCAGUGCUGAAGUUCAUUGAAGCCAUUUCGGAGAAGACCCUGCGGAGCACUGUCGCUCUGACUGCGGCCAGGGGUCGAGGCAAGUCUGCAGCGCUGGGUCUGGCUGUCGCUGGAGCUGUGGCUUUCGGGUACUCCAACAUCUUUGUGACAUCACCCAGCCCAGACAACCUGCACACCCUCUUCGAGUUCAUUUUCAAGGGCUUUGAUGCACUUCAGUACCAAGAGCACCUGGACUAUGAAAUCAUCCAGUCUUUGAAUCCAGAGUUUAACAAAGCUGUUGUCAGAGUUAAUAUUUUUAAAGAGCAUCGGCAGACAAUUCAGUAUAUCCACCCUGGUGACGCGGUGAAGCUGGGCCAGGCCGAGCUCCUGGUGAUUGACGAGGCCGCUGCCAUUCCCCUGCCCCUGGUGAAGAGGCUGCUGGGGCCCUACCUUGUCUUCAUGGCCUCCACUAUCAACGGGUAUGAAGGCACAGGUCGCUCGCUGUCCCUCAAGCUCAUCCAGCAGCUCAGGCAGCAGAGCGCGCAGAGCCAGCAGAGCUGCUUGACUGCGGAGAACAAGAACAGCACCACCGCCCGCCUGGCCUCAGCCCGCUCUCUUCAUGAGGUGUCUCUGCAAGAGUCCAUCCGCUACGCCCCGGGAGACGCUGUAGAGAAGUGGCUCAAUGACCUGCUGUGUCUGGACUGUCUUAGCAUCCCUCGGGUUAUCUCAGGCUGCCCGCUGCCACAGACCUGCGAACUAUAUUAUGUGAACAGGGACACGCUGUUCUGUUACCACAAGGCCUCGGAGGCUUUCUUGCAGCGGCUGAUGGCUCUGUACGUGGCUUCGCAUUACAAGAACUCUCCCAAUGACCUCCAGAUGCUCUCCGAUGCCCCUGCACAUCACCUCUUCUGUCUGCUCCCUCCUGUCCCACCUACCCAGAAUUCUCUGCCUGAAGUUCUAGCUGUAAUACAGGUGUGCUUGGAGGGGGAGAUUUCCCGUCAGUCCAUCCUGAACAGCCUGUCUCGUGGGAAGAAAGCCUCUGGAGACCUCAUCCCCUGGACAGUCUCUGAGCAGUUUCAAGACCCCGAGUUCGGCAGCCUGUCUGGAGGGAGAGUCAUACGUAUAGCAGUUCACCCAGAUUACCAGGGGAUGGGCUAUGGCACUCGGGCUUUGCAGCUGUUGCAGCUGUACUACGAGGGUCAGUUCCCAGGUCUGGAGGAAACUGUUGAGAACACAGCCAGCGAGAUCACCCCUGUCAGCAGUGAGGCUGUCAGUCUUCUGGAAGAAGUGGUGGCACCCAGGAAGAACCUCCCUCCUCUCCUGCUGAAGCUGAGUGAGCGGCCUGCAGAGAAACUGGACUACCUGGGUGUCUCCUAUGGCCUCACCCCUCCCCUUCUCAAAUUCUGGAAGCGAGCUGGAUUUGUUCCAGUUUAUCUAAGGCAAACUCCGAACGACCUGACAGGCGAGCACUCCUGUGUCAUGCUGAAGGACCUGAGCACUGAAGAGGCCUCACAGCAGGGCCAGUGGCUCUCGGCCUUCUGGAAGGAUUUCCGCCGCCGGUUCCUGGCGCUGCUCUCCUACCAGUUCAGCGGCUUCCCCCCCACCCUGGCGCUCAACGUGCUGCAGAACAAGAACGCGAAGCAGGACCCCCAGCCUGUGCUGACUCGUGCCGAGCUGGCCGCACACUUCAGCCCCUAUGACCUGAAGCGUUUGGAGAUGUACUCCAGGAACAUGGUGGACUACCACCUCAUCAUGGACUUGAUCCCAACUAUUUCCAGGAUGUUCUUCCUCAAGCAGCUUGGCGACAUCUCGCUGUCAGCGGCGCAGUCUGCACUCCUGCUGGGCAUCGGGCUGCAGCACAAGACUGUUGACCAGCUGGAAAAGGAGAUUGAGCUUCCCAGCAGCCAGCUGAUGGGCCUGUUCAACCGUCUCAUCCGCAAAAUGGUGCAGUUUUUCACCAGAAUUGAGGAAAAGGCGGUGGAAGAGCAGAUGGUGGCCUCAAAGGACAUCACAAUGGAACCCACAGUGAAAACCCUCAGUGAAGAUCUGGUGUGGAUCACACUUUCAUUGGAUUGAUGUCUUCCCCCCCCC